AUGUGUGCUAUUGCUAAAAUCACUGCUACUCAAAAUGCAUCCGAGAAAAGCGAAUACUCGUGUGCACGGGUGCUGCUCCAUUUGAGGCGCGAGUACAGUUAUUACUUGAUUCAACUCUACAUCCCUUGUAUGAUGCUCGUCGUCGUCUCGUGGGUCUCGUUUUGGCUUGAUAAAGAUGCGGUGCCGGCUCGUGUCUCGUUGGGAGUGACAACUCUGCUCACAAUGACCACACAAUCGAGUGGCAUCAACUCGAAACUUCCCCCGGUUUCCUAUAUAAAAGCUGUCGAUGUGUGGAUUGGUGUCUGUUUGGCGUUCAUUUUCGGGGCACUCCUUGAAUAUGCUGUGGUCAACUACUACGGCAGGAAGGAGUUCAUGCGGAAAGACAAAAAGAAGAUGACCCGAUUGGACGACGAUUGCGUUUGUCCGAGUGAUCGACCGCCCCAGCUCAGACUCGAUUUAUCGGCUUACAGGAAAUCCGUAACUUGUGGGCCGAUCAAGAAAAUCCGCGAGUAUUUGGCGACGAACGCCGAUUUGUCAAGAAGAGUCGAUUUGAUGAGUCGCGUCACUUUUCCGUCACUUUUUUUCGCGUUUUUAGUUUACUACUAUUUCCAAUACGUGAAACAGUUGGAAGUGGAGGAGUUCACCGCCUACAAAAAGCCA